AUGAUCAGCUUUUUAUUCCCAUUUCCAUUUCAUUUUCGGGAACCACCAGACGCGAGAAAGAGAGAGAGAAAUCUAGAAAAAAAACAGAGAGAGAUCACCGCCUCUGCUCUUCUCCGAUCCUAUCUGGUCACCGACGUUCUCCAUUCUUCCUCCUCCGCCAAUCAGCUCGCCGUCGACAGGUGCGUGGGGAGCUUGAUCCGCCAGAGUUGGAGGAUCGUCCUACAAGUUCUUCUUCUUCCCUCUUCGAUGCAGUCGAUUUCGUCUUCCUUGAUUUUGAGUGGCCAGAAUUCUUCCCCUGUUCAGCCAUAUAAUCUAUCUUCUUCUUCCUUGCUUGUGUUUCGUUGGCUACUUGAGAUAGCGUAGCUAAGGCUGUACAUCCUGCUGAUCACUGAAGGACUUCUUUUGGUGAAUUAUGUGUAGAUUUCUUUGGUAAAUAUCUUCUAUUGAUACAAAUAUGAAAUUUAUGUAUCAUAUUAUGAAAAAAUAUAAUUAGGUGCUCCACAUAGACUAUAGUUAGGGUCCUUACUUUGUUAUAUACUUUGUCUAUUGGUUGGAAGGAGCAAAGCUCCUGGUUAUUGUGAUUUUUUUUGAUUGAACGUUUUGUUGUAAAAUUUUCAGGAUGGUCUUAUUUACAAGGGAAGUUCUGCUGAAAUUUCUACAAGAAUAAGAAAGCUUCUAUGAAAAUGAUCACGCAUGUUAUAAUUUAAUAUAAACAUAAUUAUGUUUUAGUAAUAUGAAGAAUUCU